CGCCGCCACCACCAUCGGCUCCCAUCCGUCUCCACCGCGAGGGAAAGCCGAGCAUUCAAGCAACCCUCCUCUCUCUCCUCUAUAUAACACGCCGCCAAGCCACCUCACCAGAGAAUUCCCCACACGCGCACGCGCACACCCCUCUCUUCUCUUUCUCCGCCUCUGCGUCCGUGAGCGCUUUGUUGUUUGGGGGGGUCAAGGGACAAUGGCGGGCGGGCGAGAGCUGGUGGUGAGUUUCGGGGAGAUGCUGAUAGACUUCGUGCCAACGGUGGCGGGGGUGUCGCUGGCGGAGGCGCCGGCCUUCCUCAAGGCGCCUGGGGGCGCGCCGGCCAACGUCGCCAUCGCGGUCUCGCGCCUCGGCGGCGGGGCAGCCUUCGUCGGCAAGCUCGGGGACGACGAGUUCGGCCGCAUGCUCGCGGCCAUCCUCCGCGACAACGGCGUCGACGGCGGCGGCGUCGUCUUCGACGCUGGGGCGCGCACCGCGCUCGCCUUCGUCACGCUGCGUGCCGACGGGGAGCGCGAGUUCAUGUUCUACCGCAACCCCAGUGCCGACAUGCUCCUCACCGCCGACGAGCUCAACGUCGAGCUCAUCAAGAGAGCUGCAGUCUUCCACUACGGAUCAAUAAGCUUGAUUGCUGAGCCUUGCCGGUCGGCACAUCUGCGUGCCAUGGAGAUUGCCAAAGAGGCUGGUGCACUGCUCUCUUAUGACCCGAACCUGAGGGAGGCAUUGUGGCCAUCCCGUGAGGAGGCCCGCACCCAGAUCUUGAGUAUUUGGGACCAGGCAGACAUUGUCAAGGUCAGCGAGGUCGAGCUUGAGUUCUUGACAGGCAUCAAUUCAGUGGAGGACGAUGUUGUAAUGAAGCUGUGGCGGCCUACCAUGAAGCUGCUCCUGGUGACUCUUGGAGAUCAAGGAUGCAAGUACUAUGCCAGGGAUUUCCAUGGAGCUGUCCCUUCCUACAAAGUACAACAAGUUGAUACAACAGGCGCAGGUGAUGCAUUCGUUGGUGCUCUGCUCCGAAAGAUUGUCCAAGAUCCAUCCUCGCUACAGGAUCAGAAGAGGCUUGAGGAGGCAAUUAAAUUUGCAAAUGCAUGUGGAGCAAUCACCACCACAAAGAAAGGGGCAAUCCCGUCGCUGCCCACUGAAACUGAGGUUUUGGCGUUUUGCAGCUGAUAGAGAAUGCAUAGAUCAUCCUGUGUGCUAUGAUUUUCACUAGCUUCGACUUCUGCGAAUUGUAUCGUAUGCUGAUCUGGAUCAGGAGCAGUGGGCACUCCAAGAUACCUGACCUUUUUGUUUACCCUACUUCCCUUUCUGAAAGUUUUUUUUUUAGAACUCUACUUCGAAUAAGCAGAGCCUUCUAUAUCACAGUGCCUUUGAUACAAUUGAAUAAUCAAUAUUUAAUUGUAGCAUAACUUUUCAUUUGUACUGAA